AUGGAUUCUAAAUCUAAUAGAAGUACAACUUAUGAGGUAUGCAUCGAUUCCAAAGAGACUUGGAAUACUGUCCGACUCUCACGACCUAAGGUUGACUGGUUCCAUUCAGUCUGGUCGAGGGUCGCAAUCCCAAAGCAUGCUAUCCCUACUUGGCUCUUUGUGCUGAAUCGUAAUCCAACCUUAGACAGAGUUACCUCUUGGGGUCUGGAUGUAGAGCCUAUUUGUUUGCUUUGUGGCGCUACAGAGGAAUCCCGAAACCAUCUUUUCUUUGAGUGCCCCUACUCAAAGUCUAUUUGGGAGGCGUUGACUCAAAAAUUAUUGCUCCCUACAGCAGUUCUCUUUGCCUGGUCAUCGGUCUUGGCGAGACUUUCCUCUGCCUCUACUACCUCAAUUCAGCAUCUGGCAUUAAUUCAAGGUUGGCAAACUACGAUCUACGAAAUCUGGAAGGAGCAAAAUCGCCGAUACCAUGAAGGUCUCUCGCUCCCUUUCUCUGCGGUUUUUCAAAAGAUUCUGAAAGUGGUGUACCUCAAAUCCACCGCUUUGAGGAAUAGAGGAUCAAAGCUUGGUGAGCCUUUGCUGCUCUGUUGGUCAAAUCGCUGA